AUCGGUUGUAACGGAUAGUUUCUUUAUUCAAAAGCUAUACCCUCAAGAAUCACAACAAAAUCCUUCAGGAAACAAUUCAGAUUCAAGAAACGCUAAUUACUUUUCAGCGAUUGCAACACAUUGUUGAGGCCAUUUGACUAAUUACUUUUUAAUUCUACAAGCAUAUUAAAGAUUCUAUUUCCAUCGAUAUAAUUUUGUGGAGAAUGGAUUUGGGUUGUUUUGAUAUGGGUUGUAUUGAAAAGAAACCGGUGAAAGAACAUAAUUCUAGUAACUCAGAGAACAGUCCACCCACCGCUUCUACAACGUCUACUUCCAAGACUAAGGCAAUGAAAGAUGGUGGCCAGUCAAAUUUAGUUCCUUUAAACAAAUCUGGAUCACAAAUUAAAAAGCCUCCUCAUCGCAAAACUUCGCCUAUAAAUUGGUUCCCUCGCAAGAAAGUGGAUUCCUAUUUGAAGAGGAAAAUAAAAAUGCUUCAGGAAGUGGAUGGAAUGAACUCAACCCUUGAUGAAACUUUGGGGGAUGCUAAUCCUCAUUAUUGUAGAGUUUUGAGAGAGAAAAUUGCAGUAAGAGAAGCUGCUCAAAGAGCUGUCGAAGCUCGGAAGGCUGCACUAGUUGAAGCAUCAUGGUGCCGAAUACUUCAAGCAGCAAGGAUUGAUUGUAAAGAAGCAGAACAAUUGCUGAUAAAGGCAGCAAAAUUUUCUGCUGAAGCUUUUGAAGCUGCAAACGCUAUUGGAGUAAUCUUGUAUGACAUUCCUGACUGCUCACAGAAGCAUUACAAAAUAGAGAAGUCACCAGCGAAAGGAGGAGGACCCACCACUCAUACUGUUAGAACAUCUUUUGAAACUGCAUUUGAUGUGGAUAAACAAGUAGCAACUGCAGUUAAGGCUGCCCUUCUUAAGCUAGCUAAUUGCCCAUCCAUGAAUAAAGAUGAAGUCAAGGAAUUGCUGCACAGAAUAAGCCAGAACCCUGAAGAAACAGACGAUAGUCAUCAUCAAGAAGUGUUUGAGUUCUCUUCAGAAUGUGAAUCGGAUACGGCUUCUGAACUCACAGAUUUAGAGAAGGUAAAGGAAAGGAAAUUUAAAAAGAAGCAAGUAUAUGAAAAGUUUAAUAUGCCAAAUCUUGUGGAAAUGAUGCUGGAAAGGCUUAGAUGUUUGCAAGAAGAUGAACUUGCAUCUCUUGCCACAAUAGUUGCAACGUGUGGGUUGAACGCUGCUCUAGCUGAAGCAGAAAACAGCAAACCGAACGUUUCAGGCUCUGCUGCUGAUGACAGAUCAGAAUUAUCUGUUGAAGAUGGAGCAGUUAAGGGCCAUAAUAUUGAUGGAAAGACAAGCAAGACAGCUGAGGAACUUCCAAGCCUGGAAAAUUUUCUGGUUAAGCGGUUAACAAGACUUGAAAGGGAGGUAUUAGAAGCCAAAAAUGCCAGGAUUGAAGCUGAACAAAGGCAAGAUAAAACUGGUAAUAAAGUAGUUCAUUCAGAAAACGAUACAAAUUCAAGCCAGGAUCUAGCAAGUAUUCUUAAGAAGCCUUCUUUAAAAUUUGAGAAGGAAAUUGAAGAGGCCAAGAGCAACUCUGAAACAUUGUUAAAAACCAAGUGUAAGGCUUCAAAUAGCAAUGUGCAGUUGUCUGAGGUUCCCGACUUAGGCAGGGUGCUGGUUAAGCACUCUUCAAAGCUGGAGAAAGAUAUUGAAGAGGCUAAGAGGAAGAAUGAAAAACUUAGUGAAAUAGAGGGGAAGGACUCGAACAGAUUGGGUACUGGGGCAAUUUGUCGAAAAAAGAAACACGAAACGGAAGUUCCUAGUUUAGAAGAUUAUCUGGUGAAACAUAUGACCAGACUUGAAAAGGAGAUUCUAGAAGCAAAAAAUAGGGAAAACACUGCAGACCCGAUUGCCAAUGCGCCCGAGAGUGCCUCGUUAGUAGGAAAAGAAAAUGUCGACCAGAAUGUAAAUCAUGACACAAAUGUGGAUGAAAAUCCUUGUAAUGGAGAACAACCAUCAAAGGCAGCAGACACAUUGUCAAUCGAGGUUGAAAACAAAGAAGCAGCGGAUAGUCUGGACAAGAUCCUAGUAAAGCCAGUUCAUCGAUUGCAAAGGCUUAAAAUGCAAGAAGCAUCAACAAGAAGCGACUACGUUGUACAGAGGCGACAAAGAAAGAUUGAAGAUAGCAGCGAAGGAUUGGACAAGAUUUUAGUGAAGCAUGUUUCAAAGCUGGAAAAAGAGAAAAUGUCUCUUCUUCAUGCAAAGGAAGACAAUUGGAUGAAUGUAAAGAAGAGGGACACACAAUUGCAGAACAGUGAAGGCAGUUUGGAUCAGAUUUUGGUGAAACACAAGUCUAGACUUGAGAGAGAAAAGGUAGCUGCUGUUCAGGAGGAGGAUGAUGAUCAGAUAAGACAUUCAGUUUCUCGGAAAGCGACAAGGGAGAGGGAGUUGCAAGAAGCUUGGGGAGGCUUAAGUCUUGGGAACUCUUUGCGUCCUCAUAUGUCUAGACUUCAGAGAGACAAGGCUGCCUGGCAAAAAGCUGAAGAAGAGGAGAAGAAGAGAACAGUGGAGGAGGUGUGAAACUAUGAGCCAUUUCACUCAUGGAAUUAUGCUUUCUACAAAUAAAGAAUGAGUCCAGAACAGUGAUAUGUUAUCAGAUUAAAAAUUUUGUAAAUUCUUUGUUUUCUUUCUCUUCCUCCAUGCUUUCCGUUGGUUUACAUGAUAACAACUAGUCAUACAGUGGUCUCGUGCGA